CACGUGCCAUGUAGCACGUGAUCCAGCCGGCAGUUGAAUGCUGUAUGGAUUAAGUGUCUGGUGUCCUGUACAGCAAUUUUAUACCGCUUCUCACGUACGUAUCGCGUUCCCAUACCCCCCGUUGAAUUAGCGUUGUGACUGGAUGCUCUGCCCUGAACUGUCUUCAAAUCGUUGGCCGGCAUUCUGCCGAAAGGUCUUAGUGAAGUACGGUAGCCUCGGUUGCAGAAACUUCACUCUCCGUCUGCAUUCAAGCCUAGCUGUGCAACGAUCAAUUGGUGGGCACGCAGCAAAGUGUUAUAUGAGAUAUGAAUAAUGAUGCCAGGAGUCGAGAGCCGACUACAGAUGGUGAUGAGCGGCCUUCCAAGAGAGCAAAAUCUGCUACAACGGCAUCCUUGCCGCGGGAAGUGGGAUUGAUGCGCAGCAUCCCGGGUGACACCAUGUCCAGCUUCAUUGGUAGUUCAAGUGGUAUCUAUUUCAUCCGUUCAGUGUAUAGCACCUUCCAGUCGCACCACAGCGUCGGAUCCCCCAUCCCAUCUCCUGAAGUUCCUGGGGAAGAUGACCACCUAUCUUCAGCGUCCCCAGAUGCACCCAAGUGCAUUUGGCGAGAUCAUGAAAUAUGUCCCUCGGGUCAUUCUACGAUGACUUUUGAAAAACUUGUUGAGUGGAGUAGAAGCUACUUCUCGAAUUGGCAUCCAGCUUACCCGUUUCUACACGCUCCCGCGAUCCUGGCAUUCUUCGAAAAGCUGUCGCAAGGGCGAGAAACAAGCGAAUCAACUCCUUCCAUUUCAGAAUUUGUCGUCCUGAAAGCAGUCAUGUCCAUAUCUCUCGCUGACAGGCGGCAAAACAACUCAGGCUUUGACCUCCCAUAUCCCGUGGAGCUCGUGUUCCAAUCAUACGACGAAGCAAUCAAUAGCGUCCAAUUUGCAUUCUCGCAACCUGUUUCGAUGCAGUCACUCCAGGCGGCACUCGGUGUACAGUUGUUUCUCGUCACUAUGCUUCGUUUCAACGCCGCAUCCCGCCUUGGGGGGCUUAUCAUCCGUAUGGCUCUUCAAAUGGGUCUUCACCGUUGUCCACAGCGAUACCCCUCUUUCCCUUCUGCUCAGCGAGAACUUCGCCAUCGUGUGUUUCUCUCUUUGUAUUGUAUUGAUCGUUUCAUUUGCCAGUCGACUGGUCUUCCCCUUAGUCUUCGUGAUGACGAUAUUGACGUAUGUUACCCGACUCUCGAACGCCAUUCACGUGGACCCUCUUCUCCAGAUAGUCGCUUGCGGUUGUUAGAAUUUCUGUCUCGCCAUUCCUAUAUCAGGGGAGAGAUCAUGGAAUUCAAACACAAGUGUGUUCAACAUGCUCAGCGUGAAACCGAUCAAUUUAUAGUCAUCUCUUCCAAGCUCACAAAACUCGAAAACGAUAUCAACGAAUUCGUCGACUUCGAUGAGAAUGACCCUCCCACAUUAUCGACAUUUCACGAUACGCUUCUGAAGUUGUUAUAUCAUGAGUCAAUCAUCUCACUGAAUCGCCCUAUCGUCGCUUCGAAAAGCAGCGGCUUGUCAUAUGAGGCAGCUUUACAGAAAUGUAUCGGGUCAGCGCGUUUUAUCAUCACCUCAUUGUAUAAUGCUGUGACAGACUCCUCUCGAGAGGAGAAGACUAGUUUCGACCUGCUUUGGCCCUCAUUUACAUGGGCUGUAUGGAUGAGCACGUUCAUUUUAUUUCAUGCUGCGUACGCGAAACACGUAUCGACAGCUAUGGUUACCAGACUGGCAGAUAAGAGUCUCAAAGUAUUCGAACACCUCGCACGCAGAGGGAGCGUAUGGCCGGACGCGUGUGGCGCAGCCAUCAGGGAUCUACAGUCACAGCUUACGCGCACUAAGAACAACACAGCAAAUGACGCAGAUUUAAAUAAGAACACACCAUCAACACCAUCUCCACACGAUCGUGCUAAUUCGAUCCCGUGGCCUCACGUUGUCGGGCGAACCAUGAGUCACACUGUAGUACCUACACCACUUGCCCAAGAACACAACGUUUUAAUCGGCACCGAUGUGGCCGACUCGGUUCGCACAGACACUCGGAGUGCUGGUCCCGAACCCGAAUCAAUGAAUCUAUUCAAUCCAGAGAACACGUCGAUGCCGGUCAAUACCAGCUUCAUCAACCCUUUGAAUGACGACGUCCUGCCUCUAGGCCACUUCUCACACAAUGAGCUUACCUUCCAACAAUCCUUUUCGAACAACGACGACCAGACAUUCUUUGAUGGGUUUGAUAUCCCAUUUUGGCUCGGUCAAGAGCAGUAUUCGGGCAUGAUGAAUGAGUGGUAG